AUGUCAGCAAGUGAAUCGUCAGAUGAAUUUGAUAUAGACGUUAAUGAAGUGCGUCAACUCGUCCAAAAAGCUAACCGUAAGAAUAAGAAACGCGCCGGGGGUUUUCAGGCUAUGGGAUUGAGCCAACCGAUCUUUAGUGGGAUUGCCAAAAAGGGAUAUUUGGCUCCAACACCUAUUCAACGCAAAGCCAUUCCAGUAAUUAUGUCUGGUCGUGAUGUAGUGGCAAUGGCACGAACGGGCAGUGGGAAGACUGCAGCUUUUCUCAUUCCUCUUUUGGAGAGACUCAAAGUUCAUCAGGAUUCUGGUGCUCGAGCUCUUCUCCUUAGCCCUACUCGCGAAUUGGCUAUGCAGACCCUAGCUUUCACAAGAGAUAUUGGUCGAUACACGAAUCUUGUAGCUGCCGUUAUUGUUGGUGGUGAUAAAAUGGAAGAUCAAUUCAUGGCAAUUCGCCAGAACCCAGAUAUUAUCAUUGCCACUCCUGGUCGUCUUUUGCAUGUCAUUAUGGAAAUGAAUUUAUCUCUACGAUCAAUUGAGUAUGUAGUUUUUGAUGAGGGAGAUAGACUGUUCGAACUAGGAUUUGCGGACCAAUUAAAGGAAACCCUGCAUCGAAUUCCGUCGAAAUGUCAGACGCUCAUCUUCUCAGCUACUCUUCCUGGGGCGUUGUUGGAAUUCGCUCAGGCUGGUCUCACUGAACCGGCUUUGAUACGACUUGAUGUGGACACUAAAUUGAGUGAAAAUUUGAAAAUGGCUUUCGUUACUUGUUAUCCAUUUGAGAAGGAGGCUCUUCUAAUCCAUUUACUCAAGACACUCAUCCCUGAUAAUGAAAAAGUGGUCAUAUUCUUUGCGACGAAACAUCAUGUAGAUUAUAUGGAAUUGGUAUUCAAAGAUUUCGGUAUCGAUUGCACAGUGAUACACUCUGGCCUCGAUCCUGUAGCUCGAAACAUGGCCGUCCGAAAUUUUCGCUAUGGUCAUAUUCGUUGUAUGCUUGUCACCGACUUGGCUGCUCGCGGUAUCGAUAUCCCUAUUUUGGACAAUGUCAUUAAUUUCCACUUCCCGGCCCAACCUAAGCUCUUUGUUCAUCGAGUUGGUCGAGUUGCUCGAGCUGGUCGUACAGGAAUGUCAAUUUCUCUUAUUGACUCGGAUGAAUUGCCUUACCUGAUUGAUCUUUUCGUAUUCCUGGGUCGUCAACUCAUCACCUCCCACGUUAGUGGUUCCGAUGCAGUUGCGCAAACUAACGACUCUGAUUGGCCAAAUGAAUUACUUGGAUCCUGUCCACGAGACCUAAUUGCCUUGGAUAUUGAAGCUGUUUCAAGGAGAGAAACGGACAAUGCUUCUCUUGCUUCCGCUUCAGCGGUGUGUAAGCGCGCUCUAAAGAAGUACGCUUCAAUUCGGCCGAAGGCUAGCACGGAGUCUGUUCGACGGGCAAAGGAGUUGCGACUGAACUUGUCUACACUUACUCCACAUCCAAUAUUUGGUUCUCAGCUUUCCCAAAUCGAUACGAAAAAAGAAGAGAUAUUGGAAUCGCUCCGUAAUCGCAAUCUGCCGACCAUCUUUGAAGCAUUGGGCAAAACUACAAACCCUGAAGCUUUCCAGACAAUGCAACAGAAACGUCGCAUCCAUGACAAUCUAAUCGCCAAGUCCACAGAGAAAUUGAAGGCUCAGAAGGAACAAAAACGAGUUGAAGAGGCAGCGGCACUAGCCAAAGCUAAGGCGACUGUUAAAAGGAAGAAGAAAGCGGAUGAAGAACAUUCAGACGAGAUAAGACCGGCUCCAGGAAGUACCUUCUUUGUACCAACUGGUCCUUCAUUGUUGGACGAAGCUACCGAGAGGGGUUUGAGUACUCAGACUGGUUCGCUAGAUGCUGGAGUCAACAAUUUUGCUAUCUCCGCUCAAGGUGCUCGAUUGGACAUCCAGGCAGAUGAAGUUGGAAUGGUCCAAAGCCGUGCCGUUGGUUCCAAGAGGUUACAACAGGUGUGGGAUCGCAAGAAACGCCGCUACGUGAACGCUGAUGUCGCCGCGGGCACUGCAAACAAAGCUCGAAUCAAGACUGAGUCCGGUGCGAUCAUUCCAGCCUCCUACAAGACCGAUUUGUACGCCAAGUGGCUUAAAAAUACAAAGUUCAGCGCAGACACUCCUGGUGAGCCUCUUGAGGCGUUGGAUACACAGAAAAAGAAACCAAAAUUGGAAGAAAGCAAAGGACAGAAAUUCACCAGCCUCUUCAAUGCUCGCUAUGGAAGUGUUGUGGAAUUCAUGGAUUCGGAAAAUGAGGACGGCAAUGACGAGAAAUUCAAUCGGCGCUCAAAUGGCCGGUGGUCCAAAUUGAAGAAAGGUGGAAAAACGAAUGUAGAUGGAGAUCGUUACAACAAUAGAAGGAACUCUCAAGGCCAAAGUGAUGGUGUAGCUAAUCGAGGUGGAAUUAAAGUUGUGGGCACUUCUUCUCGAUUCAACAAAACCCUUCAGAACGCGGCAAAGAAGCGCGCUUUGGCUGAGAACAAGGGAAUCAAGGAGGCUAGAGGUAGUAGGACUUUUGGUCAAUUGCGAAAACCUGAGCAGAUUUUGAAACAGCGACGCAAGAGAGACCAGCAGAAUCAAGCUAGGUUGAAGAAUCUAGCCAAAAAGGGCGGAAAGGGAAAGAGGAAAGCCAAACGUUAA